AUGUGUAGUAGCUGUAUGAUGCUCUUCAGUAUCAUCAGGUGGAGGAGACCUAGUGGGCUUCGACCGUUCAGCUUACUAGCCAACAGAUAUGCAUCAACACGGCUUACUCGAAGAGAGAAGAUCGAUAACCAAAAUCACCUCUCACGGAGCAAAUUAUUUCAACUAGAUACCCGAUUCAAUCUUUUCAACAAGAAAGUUUCCAGAGUGGUCGACCUAGGGUACGCUCCUGGUAACUGGAUGACGUAUGCAAGGGAUGCAUUGCUGGCUACUCACGAUUGUGAGCCGGAGAAAAUAUAUCAAAAGUGUACAAUAGUCGGCUUGGAUAUUGUUGUAGCUAACGCUCCACGGGGCACUUUUGCAACACAGGGCAAUGUGCUCUCGAAACUGGCCCAAAGAAACGUCUUGGAAAUUCUUAAGGAACAUGCUUACAGGAAUCUUGCAAUUAAAAGUGGCGUUUUAAAUGAGAAAAUAGGAAACGAUGAAUCGAAGGAGCUCACUCUUGAAGCUGGCAUAGAGCAAACAAGAGCAUUAUUCGAGAACUUGUCACUCAGCAAAGACGAGACCUUGGAAUCUAUAUUGAGCCUUCAAGAUUAUCAGGCACACUUGGUCAUGUCUGACUUGACCACUCCUUUUUUACAGAAUAGAGGGUUUUUUAACAACACAUUUAGCAGGCCCUUUAUACGCUCAAGCACAAACACGGCGCUCAGAAUGAAUCUAACUGACCCUGAAAAGAAUUGCAUUGAUUUGGCCGAUGCUGCCUUGUUGUUCUGUUGUGAAAACUUGGCAAAGGCUGGAAGCCUUGUUAUUCGAUUGGCGAAAGUCGACCUAGCUGAUCCCGAACUUAGUCUUCUUCGACAGAGACUCGAGAAAUUAUUUACAUCGGUCCAAAAGUGGUCAAUAGAGAAUAAGACGGAGUCUGAUAUACCUAAGGUUCAGGAGCUAUUUUUCGUUUGUGAGGACAAGAGAGACCAGAUCGCUGACAAGUAUGUCAUCUUUGACGUGAAGCGUCCUAGCUAA